AUGUCGACAGAGCCAUACCUUUUGUCAGAAGUCCUGGCUGUCGCCAGGCGACAUCCAUUCUAUUUCCCCGAUAUAGUCUAUCCACCCAGUGCGGAAGAUGUGAAGUCUGCCCGAGAACAGGCAAACGGCCAUGAAAUGGCCAGCCCUAGCUCACAGAAACUGCUAACCAAAAAGGACCUAUACAAGGUAAUUGAGCGGCUUGUAUGUGAUAUGAGCCCCAAAAAUACCUACCGCAAGAGCUGCUAUACGAGUAUGACUGGGGGCGGAUCGGGAGGCGUGCCUCUCUUUUUCGCCACAGAUGUCCAUGAAAAUCGAAGACACAGGGCUUGGUUUGGUCAAUUCCUCAACUCUACCGGUGUCAUCAAAGAGACAGAUUGGGUCCUGACGUCCCACUUUGCGGGUCAUUUUUACAGAUCCAUGGAUCUUACGGCGGAAAUCAUUGAAAACAGCGGAGCAACAGUGCUCUGUGGUGGGAGUUAUAUGACCCCGGCCGAGAUUAUCAAGGGUCUCAUUGACUAUCAUGUCAAUGUGUUGUCCGGAGAGAGUAGCCAGAUCGUGAAUGCGGUUCAAUAUAUCUCGACACUUCCGCAAGAGCAACGAGCGAAAAUCAAUAUUGAAAAGGUGGUUUACACAUCUGAGAUGCUGACUCCGAACCAAAGAGCAUUUGUCGAAACUACACUUGGUGCUGUCAGUAUCUGUUCUAUGCUAGGAAGCGCAGAGGCAGGACCGUGGGCUAUCAGUAACCCCGACUUGACUGGAAACCCAAGUAUCGCAGGCUCUCAGGACUUUAUCUUUGACACGCGUGCCAUGUUGAUUGAAAUCUUUCCUUCUUCAAUCAUGGAGGUCAAUUCCGACCUUGCCUCGAUUCCGGAUACGCUUCCAGAUGGAGAGUCGGGCAUUAUAGUGCAAACAUCCCUUCAUCGUUUGCGAAACCCACUCAUCCGCUAUAUCACUGGGGAUAUCGGCUCAGUUCACGCCCUACCUGAGACCGCCUUUGCUCAGUUGAGCGAACGCGACCGUCCUUUCUUCCGUGUCCUUCGCCUCUACGGGCGCGAUCGACGCUUCAGUUUUGAGUGGGAUGGAAUGUAUUUUGAGUUUGAGGCUCUCACUGCAAUGUUGAGCUCGGAGGAUUGCGGAGUUCUGCAAUGGCAGCUGAUUCUGGAUCAUCAUGAAACUUCUCCACGUUCCGCCAUUGAAGUCCGUCUGCUUUGCUCGUCGGGCAAAGAGAUUUCGUCUGAUGCCCUCUCGGAUCGAGUCAAAGCAUUCUUCAAUGUAUACUCUGGAAAUCAGGGCCGGCUUUCUGUCACUAUCCUGGAUGAUGUCAAUGGAUUUGUGCGCAGCACUACGGGAAACAAAGUGAUCAAAUUUGUGGAUAGAUUCAAUUGA